AUGGUACUAUCAAUUUUAAUCAACGGUCUCCUCGGUUUCGGCAUCUUAAUCGCAUUCCUCUUCACCGCGGGAGAUCUGUCUACCCUUAUCGAAUCCAACGCCGCGUACCCAUUCAUGGACAUCCUAGCCAGCUCGACCAAGAGUAAAGGCGCUGCAAUCGUCCUCUCUAGCAUGAUGGCCAUCCUUCAAGCUUGCGCGGGAGUCGGUGCCAUCUCUUCCGGUAGUCGCAUGCUGUGGUCUUUCUCGCGCGAACGCGCCAUUCCAGGAUGGCAAUGGAUCCGUCAAGUCAACGCCCGAACCUCCGUCCCCUUCCACAGCACCUGCAUCAUCGUCAUCGCCGUCGGCCUCCUCAGCCUCAUCAACAUCGGCUCCUCCGUCGUUCUGAACAUCAUCCUCUCCCUCGUACUCGAGGGCUUCUUCGCCUCCUACCUAAUCUCGCUCUCCCUGCUCCUCUACCGCCGACUACGGAACGACAUCGCCUUGCCACACGACGACGCCGACAGUGGCGGGGUCAAUCGCAACCGGAAACCUUUCCUCUGGGGCCCCUUCCGCGUAAACGGCUGGAUCGGAGUCGCGAACAAUAUCUUCGCCAUCAUCUUCACGGUCAUUAUGAUGUUCUUCGGGUGCUGGCCGCCCAAGACACGUCCGGCGCCGGCGGAGAUGAAUUAUAGUAUCGUUAUCUUCGGGGGCGUGACUAUUCUAGCGGUGGUGUAUUAUCUGGGUUGGGCGAGGAAGUAUUAUCAUGGACCUGUGAUUGAGGUGUAA